CAACCCAACGUCACCAAAAAAGCUGCAGCCCAGCUUUCAUACCGACCACAUCGUAUUUAUUCAAGAUUUCCAUGCGAAAGCAAAGAAAUGCUGUUGUUAACUCACCUUUUGCGACUUGACAUUUUUGCGCAAUUUUCCUAAAAGUGAGAGAUAAACUUGCAAAAGCCACUACAGAUCAAGACAUGUCCAGCCAAACCAACAAAGGAAUUCCAUUUUCUCAUGGGCGCGAUGGUGUUGGGUACAAACUACUUGAGCUUCCUCCAGAACUUGUUACGCUUUUGGAGGGCGAGAAUCCACUGUCGCUGAAACUGAAGUCUUCACCAGCAGCUGCCCUACUUGAAGCAGACGGCAAAACCUACUCGCUGAGACAAAAGAACACAUCCAACGCUCUCAUUAUUCUCCGGCCUGUGGAUGAAAUUGCUCAAGACUCCAAUGCCACCUCGGGUGUAUGCACGGAAACGGGUAUGCGUGCGAUAGCCAGCGUGCACGAGACUGUUGAGCUUUUGCCGGAAAAUGGACCAGUCCCAGCGGCAGCCAAGCCCAAAGGUAAAUGGCAUGAAAAAUUUGGCCGGACCAGGUAGUCUCUGUUUACCAUGGGGCACAUGAUCUUACGGCGUACAAGGCUGUGUCCAUAUGAGACCCAGUAAUCGAGAAGGAUCAAGCACAAAAGUGUACUAUUUGAUUUGCCUUGGGGUGCUUGUUAUAAACCCCGCUCGAUGUGUCUCAUAGAAUACUACAACUGAAUCUCGCCAAUACGUAGCGAUCGCUUGUUAAACGUCAAAGCCAUGUCUUCCAUGCCUUCCACAUGCCAUCCAUAUCAACCCAUCUCGCCCAAUCUCCACUCGAGUCAUCCCAUGUCGAAACAGAACGCUUA